GAUCCUGCCAACACAGGCUACAUUAGUACUGAGAAGUUCCGGAACCUUCUGCAGGCCCAUGGCUCAGAGCUGGACCCACAUAAAGUGGAGGUACUCCUGGCUUUGGCAGACAACAACUCUGAGGGGAAGAUCUGUUACCAGGACUUUGUUAACCUGAUGAGCAACAAACGGUCUAACAGCUUCCGCCGUGCUAUCCAUUUGGGAAAUCGCCGUCUCCGUGCCAACUCAGUCCUUGAAGAAACCGGCCUCACGAUAUCUCAGCGAUUUAUCCGACACAUCGCCUACGAGACCCUGCCCCGGGAACUAGACCGCAAGUGGUACUAUGACAGCUACACAUGCUGCCCCCCACCCUGGUUUAUGAUCACUGUUACCCUUCUGCAGAUUGCCAUCUUUGUCUAUUAUGGGUUGGCCCUGGAGAAGUGGGUCCUCCAGAUCACACACCCUUCAUAUCUGAACAACCCACUAGUCUACCAUCCACAGCUCCGCAGGCAAGUCUGGCGCUACCUCAGCUACAUCUUCAUGCAUGUCGGAGUCGAGCACCUGGGCUUCAAUGUGGUGCUGCAGCUGCUGGUUGGAGUUCCUCUCGAAAUGGUGCAUGGUGCUCUCCGCAUUAGCUUCAUCUACCUCGCUGGCAUACUUGCAGGUUCACUGGCAACAUCAAUAGCUGACAUGACCGCACCAGUAGCAGGAUCUUCAGGAGGAGUUUAUGCUCUUGUCUCUGCGCAUCUGGCUAACGUAGUCAUGAGUUGGUCAGGAAUGAGAUGUCAGUUCAAACUGAUCCGGAUGGGAAUAGCGAUGAUUUGCAUGAGUUUGGAGUUUGGCCGAGCAGUCUGGCUACGAUUCCAUCCAACCAACCACCCCUCAUACACUCACCCCAGCUUCGUGACUCACCUUGGCGGAGUAGUGGUGGGAAUCACACUGGGGGUGGUGGUCCUCAGAAACUAUGAGCAAAGACUCCACGAGCAAUCCAUCUGGUGGAUCUUUCUCCUGAUUUACCUUCUUUUCGUUUUCUUCGCUGUCCUCUGGAACAUCUUUGCCUACAGUCUUUUGGAGAUCAGGCUACUCUCACCAGCCUAAAACACUUUGCAACAAGCUUCAAGACGGAGGUGGGUGCAAGACUCCAGUCCAAAAGAAAAGAUCUGCUGAAAUCAUAAUAUUAAUGGACUAAACCAAUUGGACAAAAACACAAGAGGGUGCUUAGAAAGGAGUGGGUGGGAUUGUGCAGACAAAUCAACACUGUAACAAGAUUGAUUCAAUCAUGUCCAGAUGAUUCACAUAAUUUCACGUGCUGCAGAUGGAUCAAUUUUCACAUCACAGUGGAGUGAUGAAUUUGCUGAUUCAAAUAGUGAUAAUACAAAUUUCCAUUUAAAAACAGACAUUAAGUUUUCCUUGAUGUUAAAUAGGGGAGGUCAGCUGCUUUCUGUAAACUGUUGGUGCCUCCUCCCCAGACCUCCAGCAGAACCUCACUCUGGCCAUGGAAGUUGUAACAAGUCAUUUGAAGUGUUGUGUAACAGAAUGGCAUCAGCAAUUCAGUCAUCCCAAUCUCUGCUGCAUCCAGCGUGUGCACAAUUCAGUCAGUCACAUUCAGAGAUUCUUGAAAACAGUCUUGGCAGCCUUAUUCUAAGGAGUGAUUAAGAAAAAAGCCAAAGAGGUUUAUUCCAAAUCACAAUCCUCUGGGCACCCCGAUGGUAAAUGCAAUAUUCCUAAUGCUCCCAGCAGCCAAAUAAUCCAGCACCAUUCAUUCUCUGGGCUGUCAACCUGGGUGGGAGCAAACAUGCAAAGGCAGCACUACACUGGGACUCUGCACCCUAUCCCAGAGGGGCUGUACAGCAACUAUGGAGAUUAUGAGAAUGUUAGCACAGUGAAGAAGGUCCAUAUUUGAAGAGUGUGUUUCAGAGUUGGGACCUCCACUGGAACUACCACAAACAUUGUUUUAAGAACUGGAGAAGACAUAAAUCAGGAAUGAAAACAGAAGUUGGUGGAAAAGCUCAGCAGGUCUGGCAGCAUUUGUGAAGGAAAAUCAGGGUUAAUUUUUCUGGUCCAGUCAACCUUCCUCAGAACCCCCAAGUCCUGAGGAAGAAUCACCAGGCCCAAAACAUUAACUCUGAUUUUCCUUCACAAACAUUUUAUUUAAAACUGGAUUUAUCGUGACAUUUGGACCUUUGAUGAAGGUGUGCAUUCUAAAUGUAACCUCAGACAUGUGUGCACAUUUAACUGGUGUAAGAGAUAACAUGGGAACACAGCAGGCCAGGCAGCAUCAGAGGAGUAAGACUUUACCAGCUUCAAAAUCUCCCCACCCCCAGCCUCAUCCCAUG